CUUUCUUUCUUUCGGUUUGUCCCGUCAGUAAACAAGAGACUAACCAUUUCGAAAAUGAACUGUUUUCAUGUGGUAUUUAUCGCAAAGGUGCUAUUUCGAGGCAAAGAGGACAGAAAUAUGUGUAGAUUAUAGGACCUAGAGAAAACCAACGUGAACAAACUCCACACAGAGGGAGGCCAGAUUUGAAUCCGGGACCUCAGGACUGUGAGGCAGAUGUGAUAACCAGUCGCUCAGCGUUCCGCCUGCUACCAUCAAUGGAGAAAUGUGUUCACAAGUUCAUUCAGAUAUUUUGCAGAAGAGUGCGGCCAUGAAAAGAUUCCCACGCUUGUGGCUCAUAAGUCUACUGGCAAUGCUGAAGUACUCCUCUACAGUUGCUGACCAGAGAGAUUGUGAAGCAGCAGGCAUCAAGUGCCACCAAGACGCAGAAUGUCUAAAAGUCCAAAAUAAUUUCACCUGUGUGUGCGAAAUGGGGUUUCAGGGCGAUGGUUUCCUGUGCAGAGACAUCGAUGAAUGCCUCAGCGGCCUGCACGGUUGCCACCCGAAAGCCAGCUGCAGCAACACCUUUGGCAGCUACAGUUGUGUUUGUCUCAGUGGAUUCAUCGGAGAUGGCGCUAACUGCCAGGAUAUUGAUGAGUGUCAAACAGAAAAUGGGGGCUGUCAUGCCAACGCACUGUGCAGCAACUUUGAGGGCGGACGACAGUGCAAAUGUAAAGUCGGGUUCGAGGGAAACGGCUACGAGUGCAGAGAUAAAAAUGAAUAUGUAGAUGAAUGUGAAACAGGACUACAUGAGUGCAGCGAGUUUUCACAGUGUGCCAAUACAGUGGGAGGUCAUCACUGUUUCUGUCUCAGUGGCUUCACUGGUGAUGGGAAGAACUGCUAUGAGACUAACCUAUACCCAUUUGGAGCUGAAGUUGGCGAUAGAAGAAUACACAUGGGCACAAAAGAUGGAAAUUCUCCAUACAUCAAACCACCAAUACGUUUCCCAUUCCUGGGGAAAUUAUAUGACAGAAUUUAUUUCUCUGAUAAUGGCCUUGUCCAUUUUCAGUCGGCUGCCGAGAAUGAGCAGUAUCUGUUUCCAGCUCCGUUCGCCACUGGAUUUCCCACUGAUAUGAACGUGUCACUUUUGGCAGCGUUCUGGGAUGAUGCUGACCUCACCCUGGGCGACGGAGGCUUGUUCUAUAAGGUUAGACGGAAUCCAGAGUUGAAGGAAUACCAUGAGUCAAAUAUAUCAGAUAUGUACUCCCACAUUGUGUUCAAUCGUACAGCCGCUGAUGUUUCAAAAUUUGAGGGGCAGAGAGCAAAGAACGCAUUCACUCCUUCUUGGAUACUCAAAAUCACUUGGGACCAUGUAUUGGCUGUGUCUUAUCAGAAGAUCAAUCAGUCAGAGACGAACACUUUCCAGUGUAUUCUGACCACGGAUGGAGUGCACUCCUUUGCUCUCCUACAAUAUGGAGAGAUGAGAUGGGGUCCGGGCCAGAGACGACAUCACGAUGCCCUUAUCGGUUAUAUGGAGGCGAAAAGCAUCCACAAGGAGCCCACAAUUCCCACAGGAAACAUUUUUGGCCCAGGUGGGAGAUACAGGCCGCAGGAAGUGAAAGGGCCCUUGGGAAAGUUAGGCCAGGUUGUGUAUGAUUUAAGCGGACCUAAUGGGUCAGAGGCGGACUCAGGAUUGAUGUGCCAAGCGUGGGCAAUGAAGGAGCCUGAUCCUGCUUCCUGGGCUGAUGGGUUGCCCUCAUGUCACUGUACCCGCACUCAGGCUCUGGGAGAUUUGUCCUUCUUGCAAGACACCACUGAACAAGCAUCACGCUUGAGGACUCUGAGGGCUCAGAGAUGGGGUGGUGCUGGGGGCCACACCUUCCGGUCACUUUUGGUCAACAAAUAUGGAUCAGGAAAGAGAUGUGUGUAUGACCCGGAGGGGCCUCUACUGGCUGGUUACAGCGAGCGCUAUUUCUCAAGACAAAGUAUCCAGAAACACAUUGACAAAGAUCUUCUGCCUUUCCAGUGGUGUUGCAUUGAAUCUCCUCUUUGCCUCCUUUACCUCAAAAAGCGUCCAAUUGACCGUUGCAAAGGUUAUACAUGGACCAGUCUGGAUGGCUCCAAGCUAGCCAAUGGGGCAACGCAGGGUGUUGCGAUGGUGUAUGGCAGCCUUCAUUUCAUCACCUUUGAUGGGACAAAGUACUCCUUUAAGGCAUUAGGAGAGUUUGUUAUCGUGCGUCUGUCUUCCAACACCGGAUCUAAUAUCUUCACCUUGCAAGGGCAGACUGAGAGGCUGCACACGCACACAAAAGGCAGCAUUAACUUCCCAGUGGUGGUACGCCUGGCUGCUUUCCACCAGGGCAUCGGCAAGAUUGAAUGGCGAUGUGCAGAGAAAGGAGAAGGACUGCGAUUGCUUAUAGAUAACGCUGAAAUGAUUGUGACAGUUGGUGUUGUGUACGUAGGAGAAAGAGACUUUGCGGUGCACUGUAUUUCAUUGGGUCACUGUGCAGCUUUGUACGCUGGUGGUCUGCAUGUGCUCGUGUGGCGUGUAGAAGGUCACAACCAGCUGGCAGCCAUGGUGGAAGUUCCUCAGACCUUCUACAACCGAACAGUGGGUCUGAUGGGUCUCUGGAGUACUAACGGCUCAGAUGACUUCCUCAAGUCUGAUGGCCGACUGCUGCCUUCAACUAACCCUAACCCACCCGCAGAAGACAAGCUGCAUCUUUUUGGGUUGUCCUGGGCAGUCCCACAACCAGAGAGCUUGCUGUUCUCCUCCCCUCCACAGGAUCCACUUCAACCAGUUUCCCUCAAAAAAAUGCUGGAAGGCUUCAGUCCUCAUGAGGUGGAGGACAUGAGUAGAAUCUGCCAAGGCAGUAUGCAAUGUGUCCAUGACAGUCUUGCUUCCAGCAGCUCAGACUUUGGGCUUCAAACCAUGAAUGCUGAGAAACAAUACCAAAAUCGGGCCCUAAUCUAUGGCAAUACACCUCCCAUAGUGACAGAACCUACACUGAUCUAUGCUCAGGUCAAUUCUACUUCCAACAUACAGAUCGUUGCCCAGGAUCCUAACGGAGAUCCUAUCAUUUAUUCACUACUCUUCCCAAGACCCCCACGAACAUCCAUUGGCAGUGAUGAUGGCUACUUAACCUGGAUGCCUCUUAGCACAGAGCCGGUCAAGCUGACUAUUAAGGUCGCAGACAAGUUCUCCAGCUCCCUGUUUACCCCCAUUCUUCGUAUCUGCAACUGCCUUAAUGGGGGGACCUGUCAGUCUGAUAGCAUCAUUGAAAACCACUUGAGUGGAAAGUUCCAGGUGUCAGGGUGCUUAUGCCCAAAAGGCUUCAGUGGGAAGUUUUGCGGGAACAUAGCAGAUCCAUGUAAAGGCAAGCCGUGUUUCCGAAGGGUGCAGUGCCAAUCCGAUGCACAGAGUGGAAACUUCAACUGUGGACAGUGCCCUGAUAAAACUGUGUCCAAUGGAAAGCAGGGAUACAAGUGUUUUGAGCAUGACAUGUGCUUGCCUCCUUUUACCUUUCCCUGCCACGAAGAUGCAGCUUGCUCCAGUACAAAGCAAAGCUAUACCUGCACAUGCAAACCUGGCUUUUAUGGAGAUGGAUUUAACUGCACAGAUAUAGACGAGUGUGCUGACUUGUCGACUUGUCCCAAUGCCAAGUUUGAAUGUAAGAACAAACCAGGAUCUGUCGACUGCUUCUGCAGAUACCAGAAUGCCAAGGACUCUGACAGAUGUGGUGACUCUGGCAAUCCUCCAGGAGGUAAUGUGUUCAAUGUUUCUGUGGACUGGAGGAGGAACAGACCUGACGGACUUGAGCGGCUUGCAAAUAUCCUGUCCCUGGGAUUCCAGAACAAAUUCUAUAACGCCAGUAAGAAAGACUCAGGACAGAAUUCCAGUCCUCGUCUAGUUGAGUAUCACAUCAACGUGUCCAGUGACACGCCUCACUGGUACAUCAAAGACUACCUGGCCAGAGUCAGCAGCCACUUUGACAUCGCUUCCAUAGAAGUGGAUGAUCUGGAUGAGUGCAAGGCCAAGGAGACGGCGUGUGCACACCCUGCCCUUUGCACCAACACCUAUGGAGGUUACAGGUGUGUGUGCAAUGGAAAUACUGAGGUGGAUGAAACACAGUCCUGUGUAUUAGAUAAAAACAAUGUGAACAACACCACCAACAACCGAGAUGUCAUACUGGGUCUGAGUCUGGGCCUUGGCUUCCUGCUUCUCCUUUUGGCUGCACUGGCCAGUUUCUGCUGCUGCUGCAAGAAGACAUUGAUUCGAGGUCUGCCUCACCUUUUGGCAGACCACACACAUGAACCAAGAAAUCCUCAGGCCUUCAACUACUCUGACCCAACUCUGCACUACAUCACUCAUUGCAGCCCCCGGAUUAUCGACAACAUCACACCAAGGCAACGCAUCAGAUAACAUGUGCUAAAUUUACAUAGAUACAUACAGCAUGUGCAUGGUUUUUUUUUUGGGUGGUUUAUUUCUUACACUUUUGGGACAGACAAAAAAUGUAUAAUGCACACAGAUGUUCAAACAUACAAUGAGAACUUUUGAAGCAGAUGUUCUAUGAAGAAGAUGGAUGAUUUAUAUUGUGAAGAAAGAGUAAAUUUGACUAUUGACAUUUUUUUUCCACUGAGUUAGUUUUACGUGGAUGUUUUGAUUUUUGCUCCUGCUGACAACUGUUUAUAACCAAAGUCAGCAGCAAAAAAAGGCUCCCUUGAGAAUAACCCUUCUCGCUGAAA